UUUGCCGAACGUCCGUGGCCCGGAAUCCCUUUGCCUUAGAGAUCCGCGCGAGCCCAGAAGCUGAGAGAAGUUGGGUAGGUCGAUCUGGGAAGGGUAGUAGAAACCUCGAAAAGAUCUCCUAACCAUUCGGUCCUGAUCGUUUGGACCCAGGAGGAACGUCCCCGCUUGCGUCUAGGGGCGGAAGGUGGACGCGCUGCGCACGGCCUCGCCAGGGCUGGUAGUUUUCAGACCGUCCCUGCCGAGGCCCGCUCGCCCGGCAGCCCUGCGGCUCCCGCGGUGGCGGCGGCCACCCCAGGCUCCAUCCAGCCCAGGUAGCUGUGCCUCAGUCUCUGGGGGCGCUGUGACCCCGCUCCUGGCUGUGCCUGGGACCCCAGUUCCCAGGAGCACGGUUGCUGGAGAGUGACCCCGACUGCUACUGAUGGUGCUUCUGCUGCUCCUCUACUAGCAGGAGUGACUCCUACCCAGAAGUGGACUUGGAGGAGGGUCCGUUAGACCAUCAGAAUGGAAGCCCGACAAGCAAGUCAGCUGACUCAGGAACCGGAGUGAGGGCCACGCACUCUCCGCCCCAGCCUGCACCAUGAACUUGCCUUCCCCUUCUGCUUGUUGAGAGCCAAGGGAAUGGUACAUUACUAGAGAGAGAUGGCUUUCUUUUCUCCCUGGAAGUUGUCCUCUCAGAAGCUGGGCUUUUUCCUGGUGACUUUUGGCUUCAUAUGGGGGAUGAUGCUUCUACACUUCACCAUCCAGCAGCGAACUCAGCCUGAGAGCAGCUCCAUGUUGCGGGAGCAGAUCCUUGACCUCAGCAAAAGGUACAUUAAGGCACUGGCAGAAGAGAACAGGAACGUGGUGGAUGGCCCGUAUGCCGGCGUCAUGACAGCCUAUGAUCUUACCAAAAACGCCGCCGUGCUGCUGGAUAACAUCUUGCAGCGCAUCGGCAAGCUGGAGUCCAAGGUGGACAAUCUUGUCAACGGCACAGGAGCGAAUUCUACCAACUCCACCACGGCUGUCCCCAGCUUGGUGUCGCUGGAGAAAAUUAAUGUGGCAGAUAUCAUUAAUGGAGUUCAAGAAAAAUGUGUAUUGCCUCCUAUGGAUGGCUACCCCCACUGCGAGGGGAAAAUCAAGUGGAUGAAAGACAUGUGGCGGUCGGACCCCUGCUACGCAGACUAUGGAGUGGACGGGACCUCCUGCUCCUUUUUUAUUUACCUCAGUGAGGUUGAAAAUUGGUGUCCUCGUUUACCUUGGAGAGCAAAAAAUCCCUAUGAGGAAGCUGACCAUAACUCAUUGGCAGAAAUCCGCACGGAUUUUAACAUUCUCUACGGCAUGAUGAAGAAGCAUGAGGAGUUCCGGUGGAUGAGACUUCGGAUCCGGCGAAUGGCUGAUGCGUGGAUCCAAGCAAUCAAGUCUCUGGCAGAGAAACAAAACCUAGAGAAGAGGAAACGGAAGAAAAUCCUUGUUCACCUGGGGCUCCUGACCAAGGAAUCGGGCUUCAAGAUUGCAGAGACAGCAUUCAGCGGCGGCCCUCUCGGCGAGCUCGUUCAGUGGAGUGACUUAAUCACAUCUCUGUACCUGCUGGGCCAUGACAUCCGCAUCUCAGCCUCGCUGGCUGAGCUCAAGGAGAUUAUGAAGAAGGUGGUUGGAAACCGGUCUGGCUGUCCAACUGUAGGAGACAGAAUCGUUGAGCUUAUUUAUAUCGAUAUUGUGGGACUUGCUCAAUUCAAGAAAACGCUAGGACCAUCCUGGGUUCAUUACCAGUGCAUGCUCCGGGUGCUGGACUCCUUUGGAACAGAACCUGAGUUCAAUCACGCAAGCUAUGCCCAGUCUAAAGGCCACAAGACCCCCUGGGGAAAGUGGAAUCUGAACCCACAACAAUUUUACACCAUGUUCCCUCAUACCCCAGACAACAGCUUUCUGGGCUUCGUGGUUGAGCAGCACCUGAACUCCAGCGACAUCCACCACAUUAACGAGAUCAAAAGGCAGAACCAGUCCCUUGUGUAUGGCAAAGUGGAUAGUUUCUGGAAGAAUAAGAAAAUCUACUUGGACAUCAUUCACACGUACAUGGAAGUGCACGCCACCGUUUACGGCUCCAGUACCAAGAACAUUCCCAGUUACGUGAAAAACCAUGGCAUUCUCAGCGGGCGUGACCUACAGUUUCUUCUCCGGGAAACCAAGCUUUUCGUUGGGCUUGGAUUCCCUUAUGAAGGUCCAGCUCCCCUGGAAGCCAUCGCGAAUGGAUGUGCUUUCCUGAACCCCAAGUUCAACCCCCCCAAAAGCAGCAAAAACACAGACUUCUUCAUUGGCAAGCCAACACUGAGAGAGCUCACAUCCCAGCACCCGUACGCAGAAGUCUUCAUCGGCCGGCCACACGUCUGGACCGUGGACCUCAAUAACCGAGAGGAAGUAGAAGAUGCAGUAAAAGCCAUCUUAAACCAGAAGAUUGAGCCGUAUAUGCCAUAUGAGUUCACGUGUGAAGGCAUGCUGCAGAGAAUCAACGCUUUCAUUGAGAAACAGGACUUCUGCCACGGCCAAGUGAUGUGGCCGCCCCUUAGCGCCCUGCAGGUGAAGCUGGCUGAGCCCGGGCAGUCCUGCAAGCAGGUGUGCCAGGAGAGCCAGCUCAUCUGCGAGCCGUCCUUCUUCCAGCACCUCAACAAGGAAAAGGACCUGCUGAAGUAUAAGGUAAUCUGCCAAAGCUCAGAACUAUACAAGGACAUCCUGGUGCCCUCCUUCUACCCCAAGAGCAAGCACUGUGUGUUCCAAGGGGAUCUCCUGCUCUUCAGUUGUGCCGGGGCCCACCCCACACACCAGCGGAUCUGCCCCUGCCGGGACUUCAUCAAGGGCCAAGUGGCCCUCUGCAAAGACUGCCUAUAGCAUAGCCACCCUGGAUUCAUUCAGAUGGGAAAGACGUGGCUCCGCUGGGCAGGGCCGAGGGGCUGAAAGACAUUCAGGGACUCUGACCAGAGCCUGAAAUCUUUGGUCCAGGGCUUGAAUUUAGUACUGCCCCAGCCUCAGCCAGUGCAUCCCAGUUUACACCAAAACCACAAGAGAACAGAGGUUAGAGCAGCCUGGGUUCUCCCUGGUGUAAUGAAUGCCCUCUCUCUCCAGGAAAAUCCACUGUAGGGAAGUGGUCCAGGCAGCUGCUCCCGGAACUUUUUUUUUUUUAAAAAGGGAUAAAAUCUGGAGACUCAUUCAGCUGAAAACAAAAACAGGAAGAGGAAUUGAGCCAAUUGGGAAGGACUGUGGGGACAAUUCUAAACCAAUUAAUUUAUUUAUUUGGGAGAAUGGGGGCGGGCUCGGGAGGGAGGAAAGGGGUUGAACACAGUUUCCUUUUGUUCCUCACCGUUAACCACCCACCUUCAGGACCUUCUUGUUCUGCAGCAUCAAGCAGGAUGGCAAGCUUAAGGGCAGCUGUGGGAGCUUGACUCCUGGUGACAGGUGACAGCAGAGAAAAAAGACGUAGCUCGGUUUGUAGAUUGCCGGCAUAGCAUACAUGGGGUCCUGGGUUCCAUCCCAGUACCACAUAAAACAGAAGAAGCAGAGGCAGGAGGACCAAACAUUCUCCUUGGCUACAUAACAAGGCCAAGGCCUUUGUCCCCGCAUCUAGGCUGCAAGAGACCCUGUCACAGAAAAUGGGGGUAAAGUGGCCUUGAAAACACAGCCAGCCACUGUCAAAGCAUCUUCAGAGCCGAUGGAUCCCGUGCUUGCUUGGCAGAUGGCAGCUAAAAGGCAGAUAACCUUAGUGGGGAAAUGCCUGUGGUGUCCUGAGGGUCCCACCAGGUUCCAAAGACAGAUUGGGCUGCAGAUGAGAGAGGCUGCUUUCCUGUGUGACCUCCCCCAACCCCCAGGCCCCGCCCCCCAUAGCUUGGUCCUAAUUUCUGGUUAGAAUUCACCUUUGUUGAAGAAACACAGGAUUAUGUAAUUCUUGUCUGAUGCUGUGGUAAGCUCACCCUCCCCCCACCCCCACCUCCAUCAAAGGCGCCAGGAGCGGUCUUUGAACUUGGAGAGGGCACCUCUAGCCUCAAAACAGCUAAGAGUUGGAUAAGAGUCAGCCCUAGAGUUAGUAACACGAGGCUUUGCGCCGUACCCCCCCCCGCCCCCGUGAUGUCUGAUAUUGCUGCAAUCCAGGGAAUUGACUCUGAACUUUAUGGUUUCUGGGGAGGUAAGGACAGUUCCGGUCCAAUGCUAGGUAUUAUCCUGGCCACACCCCCCAGUGGGUGUGGCUUACAAAGGGUGGAGCCUGGGGCUGGCUUUUACUUGAAACACUAUUGUUCUAUGGAGUUUGACCAGUCUGGCAGCAGGUUGGCCUGUCUAUAUGCUGGAAUCCCCACUUUCCACGCCUUGGAGCCCUUUAGUCAGUCCAGCCCUGCUGAAGUACUGCUUCUGUGCUCUGUACACGUGUGAGUUUCUGGAGACACCUCCCACACUUCUCUCCAUGCUGGUGAAUGAACCAAUCCCUCUUC